UGGAGGAUGAUCUGUGAAUAUUCGAAGUUUUUACAAUUUCAGAGUUAGUAUGGGUCAGACAACGUCAAAUGUAGCACGAAAAGUCACCAGAUCAGUAUCUUCGAUUUUCUCAUCAACUUCUGAAGAAAAUGACGAGCCUGGUAUUGGGAGAUUUGCUGUAACGCCAUAUAUUUUCAAGAGAACAGGGUCUAUGUUCUUUGAUGAGGAUGGUGAUCUUGCCCAUGAGUUUUACAUAGAAGUGAAGGAUGGUCACAGAUAUAUCUUGAAGCGCUCAACUGAAAAUCUUACCCCGCAGGGAGAAGUGGAGUUUUCACAUCCAAGAUUUAAUGUAGAUUUUCCAACAGUGUUAUGCCGUGCUCCAUACAGCUGAUACAGUGUCUAGUAUAGUCCCCAUCAUGUGAAAAUCAUUCCUAUAGUUAUACUAUAAAUCAUGCUAGUGCAUUGUAACAACAUCAUGAUCAUGUGAAAAUCUUGAAACAAUAAAGAUGCAAGCAUGAUGUGACUGUAGUAGAAUAACAGACAUAGAGAGAUCAGCUGAUCAGACGAAUUACUGAGAAGUUAUUUCUGCAGGUUUCCUAAAGCUGUUUCAGUAAAAUAUGUUUAAUCUUUACACUGCUAAAUUUCUUGAAUGGAUUGGUCCAUCAUUCAAUUUGGGCAAUACCAUUUAUUGUUCAAAGGGGUGUUCACCGAAAAUUUACUGACAGAAUAGCGAACAGUGCAGACCAUGAUCUGAUCUUGGUCUGCACUGGUCGCAAAGGCAAGAUCACUUGCUGGCCACAGGUUAAAGGUUAAGCAUACUAUUAAUUUUAUUUUUCACUGGUUCAGAAUUACAAAAAGAAAGAAAACAUGUUUGUGUCACUUGUAAGAUAAGAAUAUUUUCUCUCAUGAACAUCAGGUCUUACAUUUUCACAGGUGGCUACACCACUCGUGAAAACAUUGCAUCUGAUAUUCACAAGUGAAAGAUAUUUCAAUCUUAUAAUUGAAAUGAACAAAUAUAUCCUCUACAUCUUAUGUAUGAGUGAGUGAUUUAUUAAGGAAGCAAAUGGUACCUUUUGUCUGUGAAGAUAUAUUACUGUCAAAAAAAAAAAAAACAAAUGUAGAAAAAAAAAUAUGAACUCUCCAAAAGAACACGCCAGAAUUUCAAACUGUUUUAUUCAGGUGUAUUGUUCAGUAGUAACUACAAAUGUGCAAGUAAAAGUUUGGCAAGUAAUGAUUUAGUUGUGACAUUGAUCUUUUAACUUUGCCAGACAUCGAAUCCAUUAUGCUUCAUGUUCCUGGGAACUAACUGGCUGAAAUUUGUAUAUGAGCCUCGCCAUGAGAAAACCAACACAGUGCAUUUGCAACCAGCAUGGGUCCGGACCAGCCUGCCAUCCGCACAGUCUGGUCAGGAUCCAUACUGUUCGCUUCCAGAGCCAAUUGCAAUUAGAGAAACCGUAAGCGAACAGUAUGGAUCCUGACCAGACUUCGCAGAUGCGCAGGCUGGUCUGGAUAAAUGCUGGUCGCAAGUGCAUGUUGGUUUUCUCAUGGUGCAACUCAUAUACUUAACCAUAGUUACAACAAUUUUACCUUCACAUUUGUAUUUAUGUGUGUACUAGUCUAUAUUUUGUUGACUUACAAUUUGUAAGCAGUGUUUUCAUUGUUUUUGUUUUCACUGUCUAAAUUGCACAAUGUUAUAUGUAUCCAUUAUAAUUAUAGUUUCUUUAAAUUUUGUUGUAUUAUUAUAUAAGUUUUGCAUGAUAUUCAUGUUUUGUUUUAAUAAAUGUCUGUUUUUCUAAUGCAGUUAAUUUAAGAAAAACUUUGUCAAUGUUAAUAUGGAAUAUGACAAAGGCAUGCAUUUCCUAAUAUAAAUCUUAGAACUGUUCAGCUUGACUAUACCUAAUUUCAUGUACUAUCAGAUAUGAUGUGCUUAGAUAUGAAAGUGAAUAGUGUUUCAUUGAAUCACCACAUUAAUAUAUCUAUCUAAGUGGCCUAGAGUUACAUAAUAUAUCCAACUUUUGUUUUCAUCACUCUACUUUCAUAAUCUGGGCAGAAGUGUUGAGAGACAAAUUAUUUCAAAGAAUUUUCAAAAAAGGUUAGGAAAUGCCUGUGAUGGCAUGAAAAUUUCAAGUGUGAAAAAAAUUAUGAAUAUUUUAGCAGGUUCAUGUUAUAUCAAUGUAUCCUCAUACAAUGUAUAAUGUUAUUAGUACUUUUCGUAAUUUAUGGAUGAGACAUUGUUUUUGGUUGAGUCACCAUUACUGCCAGUAAGUUUUUUCUCAAAAAAUCAUGUGCAUUACAUCUCUUUACUUCUUGGAAGUAUUUUGAAAGAACUUGGCACAUGUUUGCCAUAAUGAGACAACAUGCAUAACACAGUGGUCACAGUCAAGGUCAUUCAAUAAGAUCAAAGGUCAGAUAUGCAGUAUUUUGUUUGGCUCUGUAUCUUUUUUAUCCCGUUUAGGAUUUUGAAAUAAUUUGGUACAAAUGUUUGUUAUAGUGAGAAUGUGUUAAGAAUGCAACAUUCAGUCAUGUCGGUUGAAGACUUGUAUGGUGUGGCUAGAUAUUUAUUAUAUAGGCGGGGAGACAUAUUGUUUUUGCCUUCGCCAUCUAUCUGUCCAUCAGUCCGCAUUAAGCUUGUCCGGCUUUCACAGGUCAAACUGCUGGCCGGAAUUCGAUGAAACGUCACAGGAGUGAUCAGUACCAAGCCUAGUUGUGCAUAUCCCCGACUUGUUCCGCUUCGCUGCACAAAAUGGCCACCAGAGAUAAAGGUAUACAUAGUGGGGAGACAUAUGUUUUUGUGACAAAAACACCUUUUAGUUUAUAUUACAAUUCACCCUUCUUUUUCAAGAAGCAUUAUUGGGAGGAAUAUCCUUCUUUCAAAAGUAAUCUCUAGUUGUAAUUUUGAUCCAUAAUAUGAGCCGCGCCAUGAGAAAAUCAACAUAGUGGCUUUGCGACCAGCAUGGAUCCAGACCAGCCUGCGCAUCUGUAAAGUCUGGUCAGGGUCCAUACUGAUCGCAUACAGUUUCUCUAAUUGCAAUAGGCUUUGAAAGGAUCUAUGCUGGUCGCAAAGCAACUAUGUUGGUUUUCUCAUGGCACGGCUCAUAUGUUAUUAUGUGUGUUUCAUAUACAGAUUAUUUACAGAUUUGCUAAUAUACAACUGUAGGAAUUCAAAAUUAUGUUGAAAUUGUGAAAUUAUUAGGUUUGAAAUAUGUUGUUAUUUAUAUGUGAUGCAUUUUAGAUAAGUCUUUCUGAAGGAGUUUGUAAAUAUGUGUAUAAUAUGUGUUUCUCUGUUUUGUGAAUAUAAAAUUAGAAUUGUUAUGUAAGGCAGAGCAGAUAUCAAUUUGUAUGCUUGACCAUAUCUUUAGGAAGUCUUAUGUACUUGAUAGCAUUUAUUUAUUUAUUUAAAUGAUAAUAACAUUAUAUGAACUAUUUCCAAUCAUAAAUAUGUCUAUCUGCGGAUGGCAAAGAUUUGAUCAUUUCCAUGUAAGACUAAGAGAAAUUAAUAUACUAGUGGGCCAUUAACUUUUCUUGACUCACAGUAUAUUUAUGCUUUUUAUGAGCAAGCAGAUGUACAUUUCUUCUCAUUUCAGAGUGAAAAAUAACUGCUCUGUUGUUUAUUUGUAUUUAUAAUGGUGGAACACCGGAGGGGACUAUAGGAAUGCCCUUUGUCUGUCCGUCUGUCUGUCUGCAAAUCUGGAUCUUGCAAUUACUCAAAAAGUAUUCAAGCUAGGUUCAUAAAACAUGAAAUGUGAAUAGAGGACAAUAUGUAGAUUUAUGCACUAUGUGACAUAUGCUGGUAGAUCAAAGGUCAAGUAAAAAUUGUUUCCGCUUCAUAAUUUUUAUAUGCAUUCAAGGAUUUUUUAAUUACUAUACAGAAAUAUUCCCCAUGAUAAGAUGCACACAUUACCAAUGGUUGUCGGUCAAAGGUCAAAAUUGUUUCCUUUCCAUAACUUUUAUAUGCAUUGAUGGAUCUUAGUACUGCACACAAAUGUUCCCCGUGAUGAGACAAUAUGUUGCCUGUAUGAUCUAUGCAUGAAGGUCAAAGUCACUUUUGAAAUUUAAGUAAAAAAAUAGUUUCUGUUUCUUAGCUCCUAAAUACCUUGAAGCAUUUUUAGUCCUAACACUGUUGCCAACAACCAUAAGGGAUGAACACUAACAUAGUAGGUGACCUUUGUAUUGCUACUGCAAUAACUCGGUUUCUUUUUAAAUAUGACAUUGUGGCUGGACUUGAAUAUGCUUGUUCAGACUGGAUAUCCACCUAGAAAGUCUGUACUUUAUUUUGAAAUGAAUUUUAAUUAAUCUUUCCCUGCAUAGACUAAGGGCUGUUGAACAAAAAGACUGUUUGUUAAAAGAAUACAUUUUUUUACAAACAUGGACUAAAUGCUGAAAAAUGCUUAAUAGCUAUCAUACAAAUGUAUGUAUUGUUCAUUGGUUGGUGUCUAGAUCCUUGUUUGUUAUUUACAUCCAUUUAAGAAACAAAAAUUUUGAGAAUUUAUAAUUCUUGUAUGUUUUUGUUGUAAAGUGUUUGUUAACAGAGAUCAUCUCAUUUCUUAUAUUGCUUCUGAACCAUUAUUUGAUCAGUUUUGUGUUGUAAUUUAAUACUUUAUAUUGACUCAGAGAUUUCCACACUUUUGAAUUAAUUGUUUAGGGAAAAAAUACAUCUUGUAGUUUAAAAUCAACUAAAGAAGUGGUGAUUCAGACAUCAUUUUUUGUGUGUGUAUACAGUUGAGAAGGUAACUCUCUCCAAUUAGAUAUAGUUUUUAGCUCACCUGAGCCAAAGGCUCAUGGUGAGCUUUUGUGACCGCUCAAUGUCCGUCAUGCGUCUUGUGUCGCCCGUCCGUCAACAUUUUCUAAAAAAUCUUCUUCUUGAAAACCACUGGGCAGAAUUACACCAAACUUCACAGGAAUGAUUCUUGGGUGGUCCCCUUUCAAAAUUAUUCAAAGAAUUUAAUUCUGUGCAGAACUCUGGUUGCUAUGGCAACUGAAAGGAAAAACUUUAAAAAUCUUCUUGUCCAAAACCGCAAGGCGUAGAGCCUUGAUAUUUGGCAUGUAACAUCAUCUUAUGGUCCUCUGUCAAGUUUGUUCAAAUUGUGCCCCAGGCUUGAAAAGAGGCCCUGCCACAGGGGUCUCAAGUUUUACUUAGACUUAUAUAGUAAAAAACUUUAAAUCUCUUCUUGUCUAAAACCAAAAGACCUAGGCCUUAGAUAUUUUGUAUGUAGCAUUGCCUUAUGGUCCUCUACCAAAAUUGUUCAAAUUAUGCCCUUUGGGUGAAAAGAGGCCCUGCCCCGGGGGGUCUCAAGUUUUAUAUAGACUUAUAUAGGAAAAAAACUUUAAAAAUCUUCUUGCCUGAAAAUGCAAGGCCGAGGCUUUUGGUAUUAAGUAUCUUGCCUUUCCUAGUGUUUCUCUACCAAGUUUAUUCAAAUUAUGGCCCUAGGAUGAAGAGAGGCCAUGCCCUGGGGGUACCAAGUUUAACAUAGACUUAUAUAGGAGAAAAAAUAAAGAUCUUCUUGUCUGAAAGUUCAAGGCCUAAGCAUUUGAUUUUUGGUAUGUAGCAUUGCCUGGUGGAUCUCUAACAAGUUUGUCCAAAUUAUGCCCCUGGUGUGAAAAGAGGCCCCUCCCUGGGGGUCACUUGUUAUAAUUAUUAGUUAUAUAGGAAAAAAUACUUCAAAUAUUAUCAGAUCAUAUUUCCUAAACUGUUUAAUUAUAAUUACCUGAUGACCUCAAGCGAUUAGGGAUCACUUGACUGUGACCUUGACCUACUGACCUACUAAUCUACUUUCUUGUUUUUUUAAGAUACAGCCUUGAAAUUUGGAUGACAUGUACAGUUUUGCACACCGAUCUUAAAACUGGCUUUCAAUUACCAUGAAUGUGACCUACUGAUCUACCUCUUAAUAUUUUAGCAUCAGUUUGCCAUCUAUUACAUGUGGCUCAUAUUACUCAGGUGAGUGAUCCAGGGUCAUCAUGACCCUCUUGUUCCACUUUUUUGCUGUACAUAAAGGUGAUAGUCAUGAAGCCGUAAACAUACAAAAUAGUUGGCCUCCUUUAUUCUAAAUAAUAUUAACAAUGCAGUACACAUGGAGUCUUUUUAAAAUGUUUUAUUUUAUGUCUCGAAAAAUCAUGUGUGCUUGCAAUUAUUAUUUUCAUAGACCAUUUUGAAACACAGAAAAAAAAGCUGAAACAGUAGGUCAGGGCCAACCUUUGAAUUUUGAAGUUACAUAUAUAGGUUACAUGGUUCAUUUCCAUGGUAACAUUAUUUUAGUUCAUGAUUUCAUUAUCUUACUGAAUGAAGGACAUUUUUGCACAGUAAUUUCUAUGUAAGUACCAAAAUAUUGAUGAAAAAACCCAUAUGAAUUAUAGAUUUAUUGGAAAAUGGCUGUGAUUAUUUACCUUGCACCUGUUUAUGAUAAUUUAUCUUCCAGUUUAAAAAUCAGUCAUCAGCAGUUAAUUUCAUAAAUUCUUCAUGACACUUCAAUAACAGAACCUGAUAGCUGUUACACUUUGGUAUUAUUGAAAAUGGAAGAUUCACAAACAUGUAACACUUUGGUCAUUAUUGAAAACAGAAGAUUCACAAACAUGUAACGCUUUGGUCAUUAUAUUGAAAACGAAAGAUUCAGAAACAUGUAACACUUAGAUCAUUAUUGAAAACGGUAGAUUCAUGAACAUGUUACAGUUUGGUCAUUAUUGAAAAUGGAAGAUUCAUGAACAUGUAACACUGGUCAUUAUUGAAAAUUGAAGAUUCACAAACAUGUAAAACUUUGAUCAGUAUUGAAAACGGAAGAUUCACGAACAUGUAACACUUUGGUCAUUGAAAACGGAAGAUUCACGAACAUGUAACACUUUGGUCAUUAUUGAAAACGGAAGAUUCACGAACAUAUAACACUUUGGUCAUUAUUGAAAACGGAAGAUUCAUGAACGUGUAACAAUUUGGUCAUUAUUGAAAACGGAAGAUUCACAAACAUGUAACACUUUGGUCAGCAUUGAAAACGGAAGGUUCAUGAACGUGUAACAAUUUGGUCAUUAUUGAAAACAGAAGAUUCACGGACAUGUAACACUUUGGUCUUUAUUGAAAAUGGAAGGUUCAUGAACGUACUUUGGUCAUUAUUGAAAAUGGAAGAUUAACAGACAUGUUACACUUUGGUCAUUAUUGAAAAUGAAAGUUUCACAAACAUGUUACAGUUUGGUCAUUAUUGAAAAUGGAAGAUUCAUGAACAUGUUACACUUUGGUCAUUAUUGAAAACAGUAAAUUCAUGAAUAUGAACAUGUAACACUUCGGUCAUUAUUGAAAAUGGAAGAUUCAUGAACAUAAACAUGCAACACUUUGGCCAUUAUUGAAAAUGGAAGAUUCAUGAACAUGAACAUGUAACACUUCAGUCAUUAUUGAAAACAGAAGAUUCACAAACAAAGACUGGAUGUUAAAAGCUCAAUCAAAUAAAUGAGAUUGCUCACAAUCACACACUUUGAUAAUAAAAGCUAUUCAUUUUGCAAGGUUACUGACACAUGAUAUCCUGACUUCUGCGACAUCAUUUUAAUGCAGUAAUGUUUUGUACUGUUCCAGUGGUAUUUAUUCAUUAUUUCAGCAUGAUUAAACUUUUAAAACAUAAAUCAGAAUUAAUUUAAUAUAAUUAUCCAUAAGGAUGAAUAUAGAAAUGCAUUUUAUAUGAAAUUAAUGUUAUCAUAAAUUAUCAACAUGUGCUUUUAGUUGUGCAUAUUCAUUUGAAUCCAUCAUAAGUCGUUUUAUGACUCUUUCCAUUUUUCAGACUGCUUUGCUAAUUAGUGUUUGUAUAUCUAUUUGUAUGUGCCCUGCUGUAAUAACUUGUAAGCAUGUUAUAUUUUUCACAUACUAGAAUGAGUUUUAAUGAGAACAAAAUAUUUUCAACAUUGUGUACUCAAAAUAUGUCAGCACACAUAUUAGAAAUUUUGCUUGCUAACUAGAAAUGCUUGUUUCUGGUAAACAGUGUUUGUAUUUUGUAUGGCUGAUUAAGAGUGCAGCUUCAUUAUGUCUCCCACCACACAGUGGUGUGGGAGACAUAUUGAUUUACUCCAGUCUGUGUGUGUGUGUGUCUGUCUGUUACAAAGCUUGUCCGCACUCUUAAGUCGAAAAUUUCUCAUCUGAUCUUCACCAAACUUAAACAAAAUGUGUUUGACCAUGAGACCUCGGCCAAGUUCGAUAACUAGCCAAAUCCGCCCAGGCACUUUUGAAUUAUGGCCCUUGAAUUACUGAUUAGAUCCAUUUAUCACAGCCAUCAAGAGAAACUAGACAUUUUUCAAUGUUCGCACUCUAAGUCGAACAUUUCUCAUCUGAUCUUCACCAAACUUGAACAAAAUGUGUUUGACCAUGAGACCUCAGCCGAGUUCGAUAACUAGCCAAAUCUGCCCAGGCACUUUUGAAUAAUGGCCCUUGAAUUACUGAUUGGAUCCAUUCAUCACAGCCAUCGAGAGAAACUAGACAUUUUUCAAUGGGGUCCAUUCAUCAAAGCCAUCGAGAGAAACUAGAUAUUUUUCAAUAUUGCAGUUGUGGGAGACAUGCGCUUUUAUCAAAAGCAUCUCUAGUUUCAUCUGAUUUCUGAGAACCAUUUGUUCAUUUUUAGCUUGAGUAUUGAAAGAAUAGGUAGGGUUUUUGGACUCGCCCAUUUGUCAGAAUAGUUAUCAGCGUCCCAGUUUGGUUAAGUUUUUGUAUGUAAGCUUGUAUCUCAGUAACCACUUAAGGGAAUGGAUUCAAACUUCACACACUUAUCCACUGUAAGGAGCUGACUUGCAUUGUACAGGUUCCAUAACUCUGUUUGCAUUUUUACAAAGUUAUGCCCCUUCUUCACUUUUAUAUUCAUUCAGUUGACAAAGCUUUGCAUAGUGGAGCAUUGCUGUCUUCUGACAGCUCUUGUAAAACAUUCUUGAGGCCACAUUUUCAACCUUAUUUGCAUAAAACAUGGUCAGAAUGUUUGUAUUCAUGAAGUCUAUCUCAAAUGGUAUACUUGCUCAUCUGUUAUGAAAAAUUGGAUGUGAACUGUAUAGGGCCUUCAGGGUCCUAUUGGUUAAUUAAUACUGUCAGUAAGGAUUUUUGUUUCAUUUAACAGAAUAAUCUCUGUUCAGCAGAAAUAAGCAGUUUAAGUUUUUACAACUGGAUGAUGAUAUUUCCUUUAUAUUUUUGUGAUACGUUGUUUAAUUUAAAAAGAAAUAAAAAAUGCAGUAAGCAUU